CGCGCUCGUCCUUUCCUCGGAGGAGCCGGGACGGGCUGCUGGGUGCCGGGCCGCGACCGGGCCGCCGCCGUCCUGAGAAGAUUUCAAUCACGGACCUGAAGAAGUCCCAACGAUGGAUCAUGCUAGGAAAGCAAUAUAUAAUUUGUUUGGAGGGGAGCCCCUCUCGUACACCCGGUUCAGUCUGGCCCGGCAGCCGGACGGAGACAGCAGCCACGUGGAGAUGAAGCUCUCCGCCGAAGACGAGGAAGGCGGCGAAAACGGAGUCAUCGACCACGUUCACACCCAGCCGGUGAAGCCGCGGAAGACCAAUCGACGCUUGUGCUGCGUGUCCUCCGUGGCAGCUCUUGUUUUUCUCGCCGGAUCUCUGCUUGGCUACCUGUGCUUCCGGGCGCGGAUGCCAGAGCCGAGGGAAUGCGCGAACGGACUCGAACCGUGUAAGAGUGCCCAGUGUGCAUCCGUGGACGUGGACGAGCCUGCUCAGCCCGCGGUGCAAGCGCGGGGACCGGAACCCGAGCCCAUGCUAUACUGGAGCGACCUCCAAAACAAAUUAGCGGAGAAACUUGACGGCAUAAGUUUCCAACCUAAAAUCAGGAGGGUCUCUGCUGCUUCCCAUGAGGCUGGCACGGCUGCCGAUGAAGAUCUGGCCAACUACGUCUACAGCGAGUUUGGCAGCUAUAAUCUGGACAGAGUCUGGAAGAAUGAGCACUACGUCAAGGUGCAGGUCCCCGGAAGCUCUCCAAAUGUAAUUUCGCUGGACAUUCGUGGUGGGAGUAGAGGAACGCUCGACGCGUCAAAGGCUUACGUGGCGUACAGCGGAACCGGGGAUGUUACUGGCAAGCCAGUUUACGCCAAUUUCGGCCGCAGCCAAGACUUCGACACCCUGAGGGGGAAGCAGAUUCCCGUCAACGGGACCCUGGUCCUGGUCAGAGCCGGAAUGAUUCCGUUUGCCGAGAAGGUGGCCAACGCCCAGAAGCUUGGUGCUGUCGGAGUCUUGAUAUUCCCUUCCCCGGCCGACUACCCCGGCCUCAGAGAAGAUGUGGCGCAGUUUGGCCAUGCUCACCUUGGGACAGGUGAUCCUUUCACCCCAGGGUUCCCUUCUUUCAACCAUACCCAGUUUCCACCAGCUGAAUCCUCGGGACUGCCACGCAUCCCUGUGCAGACCAUCUCCAGUUCUGCUGCAACUGAGCUGUUCAGACGCAUGUCCGGGAUAUCCUGCCCGCCGGGGUGGAGCGGCACGUUCAGCGCGGCUUGCAGGUUGGAUUCGGGAGACCCUGCUGGAGUGACCGUGAGCCUCCAAGUCAACAACGCUUUUGUAGAGAGGAGAAUCCUAAACAUCUUUGGAGUGAUCAAAGGCUUUGAGGAACCAGAUCGAUAUGUUGUGGUUGGAGCCCAGCGUGAUUCCUGGGGGCCUGGAGCUGUAAAAUCUGGGGUGGGAACUGCCAUUUUGCUAGAACUUGCCCGUGCAGUCUCGCAGCUAGUGAAGAACGACCGCUAUAGGCCCCGGCGGAGCCUCGUGUUUGCCAGCUGGAGCGCCGGCGACUUUGGAGCGGUCGGCGCCACAGAGUGGCUGGAGGGGUAUGCUGCCACGCUGCACCUGAAGGCUUUUGCAUACAUCAACUUGGAUUCAGCCGUAGCAGGUUCAGGUGACUUCAAGUUCUCCGCCAGCCCCAUGCUGAAACAGCUCCUCAAGGAAGCCGUCACAAACGUGAAGGAGCCACGUUUCCUUGGCAACACGCUGCCCAGUAAAGAGGUUCCCUUCCGCAUGGACAACGCAGGCUUUCCCUUCCUGGCGUAUUCGGGAAUCCCGUCUGUUUCGUUCAGCUUCACUAAUGCGGGCGGCAGCGAAUAUCCCCACCUCGGCACCACCGAGGACACUCUGGACAAGCUGCUUAUCUACUUAGGGUCAGGGGACCAUCUGGAUAUCGCGGUCCGCGCAGCCACCGAGAUCGCCGGCCGCAUGGCACUCAGGAUGACGCACGACCACGAAUUGUACCUGGACUACAACAGCUAUGACGACAAGCUGCUGGGUUUUGUGCGCAAGCUGCUGCCCUACAACAAGGAUCUGCAGGGCAUGGGGCUGCACCUCCGGUGGCUCCUGGUGGCCCGCGGGGACUUCAGCCGUGCUACGAAUGCCCUGAAGACUGCUGUCCAAAACACUGACCUGUACAACAAGGUUGCCUGCCGAGCUUUGAACGACCGGAUCAUGAAAGUGGAGUACCACUUCCUCUCCCCGUACGUCUCCCCAAAGGAAACGCCCCUCCGGCACAUCUUCUUCGGCUCCGCCCCCCACACGCUCCAAGGCCUGCUGGACCACCUGAGCCUCCUGAAGACCAACAGGAGCUCCGUCGACGAAGACCUGCUGAGGAACCAGCUGGCCCUGGCGACGUGGACGAUCCAGGGGGCCGCCAACGCGCUCGCGGGGGACAUCUGGGACAUCGACAAUGAGUUCUGAGAACGCCACGCGCUCGGUCCCGAAGUACCACGACGGGGAGCCCCCCCUCCCCCGCCUCGGGCCCCCACUUCCCCCAAAGCACAGAACAAAUUCCUCUUAGCCCCCCCUAGAAUGACUUUUAAAAGAAGCCCAGAUUAAAACGUAGAGCAGCUCAGAAUGACUUGAAAUGAGACCCCGCCCACCCCAGCUCCCGCUCAAGGCGCUGUCCUUAGUUGGGGUCCGGCGAGAGGUCGAUCUUGACUUUUAUCAGCGCCUCCGUCGAGUGGGCAGGGGCAGAAUUGGCAGAUCUCUAAGCGGCCCCUCCCGCGGUGUUGUUAACACGAGCGAAGAACAAUAUUGAAAGUUACUUUGCAGCUUGCGAAAGCAGAAGGUGACCCCGAAGCGCCUGGGAAGAGCCGGUCCGUGGCCUGGGUCGAAGGGGUCUUCCCGAUCUCUCCCCACAGGCUGCCGCGGGCCCCCUCUUGCCAUCGGCCUGGUCCAGUCACCCUUCUGCUUUCCCAAGGAACAAGGGAACGCCCUGGAAGGGGCUUCCCUCCCAAUGUCCUCACACUGACACUGACGGUGCCUCCAGCGGGGGGGCCCGUCUCGCACUAGUUCAAAAGCUCACUGGGUAUCCCGUCUCCCCUUUUUGGCAAGCCUUUGAGUUGUGCUCCGUCCCUCGUCUGCGGAGUCCUCCCUGCCAGCCUAAGUCCGACCGUUUGCCGGGGAGACACCGAGGUAUUUAUUCGUUAUUUAUUUAUCAGUGGCAGUGUUCACUAUAAAUGGUGUUUUUGUUCUUUCUACUGAAGAUAAUUAUCGGAAGCAGUGACUUCCAUAAUUAUGACAGUUAUACUGUCGUUUUUUAUAAAGCAGCAUCUGCUAGUACAAUCCGCCGUGGUACUGGAACUUUCGCCCUCUGCGGCCUGCGGCGGCCUCAAUUGGGAACCCGAGACUGGAGACUACUUUUUUGAGGGAGCAGCAAGAGAAGUGAGCGGGGGCGUUUUCAUCCAUCAAAUGAUGGGGAAAGAGGAGCAAGAACUGAAAUGCAGAUUCUUUCCACCCAAUGAAGGUGUCAAAUGUCUUGCUUCCCAUGGGGCUAGGGCUGACGUCCGCCGCUGCAGGCUUGUGUCAAUCUUGGGCUUGAACCAAAAAAUAAAAAAAUGGCAGCUUCUAUGUAAAACUUCCAGUACCGCGGUGUACCACGAGAACCUAGGUCACAUUAUCGGGUGCAGUGCCUCCCAUAAUGUUCAAGAACAAGGUAGUUUUUGCCUACCACAAUGUUAUAUCGGAGGCAAUGGCCUCCAUAUGGCGCACGAAGGGGUGUCUUAAUUAUCGGGGACAGCGUUUCCCAUAAUUUUUCCUUAAAUGCUCGCUGCGCACACCACCCGCGGAGCAUGAUCGUUAGUAUCUAACAUGUGUAUAUUUGAACUUCUGCGAUUGUCUCUUCUCUUGUCUGGAAUGGCCUCACGCCGGCUGCCUUUCUUGGGCGGCUGGUUAAUCCCGCCCACGGUACAGAGUCCAAGAUGGCGAGGGACCACAGUCGGUUGCUUGCCACUGCUAUGGCCGAGGAUACGUUCCGGCACGUGAGAGAACCGGUGGGCUUCUGUUGACUGUUGAGUAAAUGUUGUGCUUUGUGCUUGUUGCUUUGCGAAGCUGCCGGGUUUGAAUCGGUAGAGUUGGUGUCGACUUUAGAAUUCCUUGGGCUGAAAUAGGGGGUCUGAACGAGAAAUGGUCGCAUCGAGAGUCUGGAUGGAGAAAUGUUAAACCUGGCUCCAUGAUCCCAAACGAGAGCCGUUUCCCAGUCCUCUCGCCUCACCUCCGGCAAAACUCAGUCCCCACUUGGGAACACACUUUCCAAAGGCUCCCUUUUAAACUGAAACAAAGGCAGUGUCUUUCUCCACAAAGGCGGCUUCUUUCGCAUCGAUUUGAAGGCACUCUACUUUUUAACGAAGGCCAUCCGGACACGAGUACCAUAUUGUGCCGCGCUGGAGAAAUCGAGGCGCGCAGGGCAGCUGGAUUGUUUGUUCAACCUGUCUAAAAUUAAGCUGACCCAUUCAAGCUACCCUCUAAGCGCAAGAAUUCGGUUUAGGCACAGCCCCCGUGCAUUUCAAAGCUUGUGUGUGUGUGUGAGUGAAAAGAUCUAGCUUAGCACUGUUUCCCUCUGCAUGAUUUUCCUCUCUGUUUCAUUAAGUGAAUCACCUCUUUGGCACGGAUCUUCAUGCAUGCUCUUCUGUAGUGUUGCAUUGCACGUGAUUCGUACGGGUAAUAAUGCACUAGACAUAGUAGCUGCAGUGUGUGGACAGAAUAUGAUGUACCUGACCCAUACAAAUCUGCGGUUUGUGUAUUUUUGCGCCGC